CAUACAUUAACAUAUAUAUUUAUAUGGGCUAGUUUUAUAUGUCAAUAUAUGAAAUUGUUCCAUUUUCGAAUAGGUUUCAUAUAUGUUUUUCACUGUAUACGUGGAUAUAUUUUAUAUAUGUAAAUUUCAUACAUGUACAUAUAUUACAUUUCCGUAUGGGAUUUAUCAACAAAAUCGCUUAGAAACUUAAAGUCAUAAUAUGAAUUUCUGUUUUGAAGUAACUUCAACCACAGCCUCACUAUUGGUAAAGAGACGCAGAGACUGGUAGGACUAAUUCUUUUCAAAUCGUUAUUUUGAUGCAUUUAAAUCAAAUAAAUCUUACCGUUCCCUUUUCAUCUGUAUCUGUUUUAUAAUGAUCAGAAAUCCAUAAGUAACUUAACAAACCAUAGACUAGAUAGAUAGAUAAAGAAGAAAUACAUUAUCCAAUAAUGCUAGCAUACCAAUGUUCAACCCCCCCAAUGUUGAAACCAAAUCUACGCCCUUGAGCGUGAGGAUGCCUCUACUAGCGGAGCACGCUCAGCCGUCUCAGCCAUUUCAUCCCGCCAUCUCUCACCCUACCUCUCUUUGGUCUACAGUCCAUCUACGGACCCUAGUGUGAGGCUGCCUCCGCUAUCGACGCAGGCCUAGACGUCCUAUUUUCCCCAGCUUCCCUCUUUUUCUAACCACCCUGUUCCUUCCCAGGCUCCAGGGGCCAACCCGAGCAAGAGGCUGCCUCUGCUAACGUUGCAGACCCAGAUGCCUCAAUUUCCCUUCCUCAGUUUCCUUCUUUUCUAACCUCCUUAUCCCUCCACUGGCUCCAGGGGCCGACCCGAGCGUGAGGCUUCCUCCGCUAACGGCCUCGGCCGUUGGCUAACAGCCACUAAAAACUCUCCUUGACACCUCUCUCAACUACAUUCUUCAAGCUGCCUCCCCUAGAACCCUACAAUCCAAGCCGCAUAGGAGCAGCAACUACAGCCACCCAAAAAGGCCUCUCCCAGCAUCAGAUUCAAACAUUUGGUUGCUGGUCAUCAGAAGCUACAUCCGUUCUAAUCGUUUCCAUAUAAAAAAAAGGCAGGAGCUCGGUUAUCCUGGCUAAUAUCUCCACUGCCGCAGCAGUGAUGUUCCCUCUGCUCCCGCAGGAGCUCAGCCCUGUCAAAACUCGCCUUCAUUGCUGCAGCAGUAAUGUCCUCAUCCAUAUGAUGAGAACUCUCCCGGCCCUUCAACCUAACCCUCUAAACAGAAAAUCACCCUUCGCAAUGCAAUUUUUGGGGGUCAUCAGUAACGUUUCCAGCUGCUGUCCUACACUGGUUUGCAAUUUUUGGGGGAGCACUCUGGGUUUUGUCCAAAAUACCGAGCUCGGAGCCCUCUCCUCGGACAGCACGCCAAAUACACAUACUACUACGCAUACUAUUUACUAUCUGAUUAUUUGUGAGAACUUGUGAUUAACAAUUUACACAAUGCACUAAGGAUUGAUGAGCUGCUGGGUUCAUGAAUGUUAAUCACGUUGUCAGUGUUUUGCUCAAACUGAUUUGCUGAAAUCAAAACAGGGACGGUAAUAGUUGAGCGCCAGCCAAUGAGAUUGACGUUUGUGCAUAAGUUCAGCCAACUACCAGAGAAACUGGCAUCUCGUCUGUAUGUUCUUAAAAGAUGAAUAAUUCCAAAUGAACUUAUUUUGACAGGAAAAUACAACAAUGAAUAUCAUUUACAUGUAGUGCAUCGAUUCUACGUGGUAUGUAAGAGUCUCUCUCUCUCUUUGCUUGUGUAUGAGAAACACAGUGCUCUCAGUAAAGUGAUGGCGAGUCAUGCACCUACACACUAGAGUUUGCAGUACGUCAAAUACAGGAAUGCUGCGCAUUGAGCUGAACUGAAAUAGUACAGAUCACUUGGCGGAGAGCAAAACUCUCAAGCACUCAGAGUGUUUUGUGAGUGAAAAUAUAUCAGGGAUGGGCAAUAUUUAUGAUUAAUGUAUUUCAAAUACAUAUUUCAAAUAUAAAAUAGGAUUUUGUCAUUUGUAUUUGAUAGGGUUGAUGAAAAUGAAAAAGCGCCCACCUCCCAUGCCAGAGACCACGGUUUGAGUCUCUUUUUACCUGUAAUUUCAGAUACCUUUUCUCCACAUAGUUUCACUCUUGUGUCAUGAGUCCUUUUGAAAACUGGUUCUAUUAGUUUUGCGAAAAAGUGCUGGUAUAACAGGUUUAAGUUCCAAAGAAAACAAGUUGAUGUUUUAUUAGUUGUUGGCAGAGUAUCCGAGGAGACACUUCUGGAAAAGGGGGUGGGGAGCUGCAGCUAAUUUGCUAGGGUGUUGCUAAAUGGUUGCUAAGGAGUUACUAGGGCAUUCUGGGUGGUUGCUAGGGUUCUCAUUGCUAGUAUGUUUCAGAUAGAUGCCAUGCAAAAGGAGUAUUUUAGGACCCCUUUAACAGAUGAGUUUGGAUGAUAGUCCUGAUCAGGUUUUUCUCCUGAUCAUUUCAUAAUCCAAAUAACAUUUGAGUUCUUAGGUCCACAUGUUAAGAGUGAAACAACUUCAGAUCUUUUUCUGCAGCUGUGAAUCUGUGAAGGGCAAUGGCGUCUGUUGAAGAACUUCUUGAGAAAUCACUGAAUGAAUUGAAAAAAGCUGAACUGAAGAAGUUUCAGUGGCACUUAAAAAAACAUGGGUGUAUAUCAAAUUCUGACAUGGAGAAUGCAGAUAGGUUAGACACAGUGGAUAAGAUGGUGGCAUGUUUUGGACCAAAAGAAGCUGUGAAGAUCAUGGUGGAGAUCCUGAGGAAGAUGAACCAGAAUAAUCUGGCUGAGCAGCUGGAGAACAAUCACAAGCCAGGUCAGGCUGAAGGCAAUAUGAAGACAUCUGCUGCUGUUGAUGCUCAUUCAAAAGAUAAAUUGGUCCAGAUAAGCAGUGCGCACUGUGGAGUCAGUGUUGAUGUGAAUGCUGAAACAGGAGCAACUGUAAAUGCUCCUUUACUUGCUGGAAACACCAUCACAGGCCCAGUGACCUUCAUCUACAACAGUGCAGGAAAUGGUAUCAAUAUACAGGGAUGCAAACCCAUCUCGGGUGAAAAAGGCUCAGCUGCAGAGCACAGUAAGGCUGCUCUUCAUGAGAUUAGCUUCAGACUGAAAGACAAAUUAAAACAGGACUACAAACAGAUAUUAGUUGGUAAUUCACAGACGGGUCAUCAGAAAUACCUGGAUGAUAUCUACACUGAUUUAUAUGUGGUGGAGAAUGAGACUGGAGGAAGAGUGAAUGACCACGAGGUGAGACAGUUGGAAUUAAAUCUCAAACCAUUUGAUGCCAAAGACACAACGAUCCAGUGCAAUAAUAUAUUCAAAGUCCAAAAGGGUCGACAAAACAGAAAGGUUCUGACAAUGGGGAUCGCAGGGGUGGGAAAAACCGUCUCUGUCAAUAAAUACAUCCUUGACUGGGCUGAAGAAAAAGAAAAUCAGGAUAUAGUCUUUAUUUUACCUUUGCCGUUCCGUGAGCUAAAUUUGAUCACAAAGGACUACAGUCUCAUUGGACUGCUUCACGAACAUGUCUUUAGUGGUACUGAAGAACUACUUUCUCUUCCUGAAGGUGAUGGUAAAGUCAUGUUCAUCUUUGAUGGGCUGGAUGAAUGUCGCUUUCCUUUGAACUUUAAAAAGGGUGACAAAAUUACAGAUGUUAACAAAAUAACAACAGUGAGUAAGAUAGUUACAAGCCUGAUCAAGAGAGACCUGCUUCCCUCUGCUCUCAUCUGGAUCACAUCCAGACCAGCAGCAGCCAGUCUGAUACCCCGUGACUACAUUGAUCAAGUGACAGAGGUGCGAGGAUUUAAUGAUGGGCAGAAAGAGCAAUACUUCAUCAAAAACAGUCCUGACGUUUCUGAAAACAUUAUCCGUCACAUCAAGAAAAACAGGAGUUUGUACAUGAUGUGCCAUAUACCUGUUUUCUGCUGGAUCUCUCUUACUGUUCUUCAACCUCUGGCUCGACAAAAUGACAAAAAGACCAAUGACCAAACUCCCACAACUCUUACAGGGAUGUACACAAGAUUCUUAAUUUCUCAGCAGCAUCAGAUGGAAAAAAAAUACUGUGAACCUAAAGCCAAUGCAAGGUCUUUUGAUCAGAUUAUUCUGAUGCUUGGGAAAUUGGCUUUUCAACAGCUGGAGAAAGGAAAUCUGAUUUUCUACAAAAAAGAUCUUGAGGAAUGUGGGCUAGAUGUCAGUGAAGGGUCGGUGUACUCUGGGUUAUGCACUCAGAUCUUUCAGGAAGAAAAGGCUUUUGCAGCAAGAAGCGUUUACAGCUUCAUACAUCUUAGUGUCCAGGAAUUCCUUGCUGCUCUUUAUGUGUUUUUGUUGGGCAAAGAUGAGAGAGCUGACAUAUUUCUAUCCUGGAAAGAAAAACUGACAUGGAAACUGUCCAAAAAGCCACUGUUUAAACUUCAUAAUGCUGCAGUCAAGAAAGCUUUACAAAGUGAGAACGGACACCUGGACCUUUUCCUCCGGUUCUAUCUAGGUCUCUUACUGGAGUCCAAUCAGAGUGACCUGAUGGAACUACUGCCAGAACUGGAACUCAAAACAGAGAAUGUUAAAGACACUGUUGACUAUAUCAAACUGACAAUAGAGAAGGAGAAAUCAGUAGAGAAGACCAUCAAUCUCUUCUACUGUCUGAGUGAACUGAAAGAUAACUUUGUGGAGGAAAUCCAGAAGAAUCUGAGCUCAGGAAAUCUUUCAGCACAGAAUCUCUCCUCUGCUCAGUGGUCUGGUCUGGUGUUUGUGCUCCUCAUGUCAGAAGAGACUCAAGAGAAGUUUGAACUGGAGAAAUACAGAAAAUCUGAUGAUGCACUGAUGAGACUGCUGCCAGUGAUCAAAAACACCAGAAGAGCACUGCUACAGAGCUGUAAUCUCACUGCUCAAUCCUGUGAAAGUUUGUCUUCAGUUUUAAAAUCCUCAAACUCCUUCCUGAGAGAGCUGGACCUGAGUAACAAUGACCUGCAGGAUUCUGGAGUGAAGCUUCUUUCUGAUGGACUGAAGAGUCCAAACUUUCAGCUAAAGAUACUGAGAUUUUCAACAUGUAAUCUUACUGCUCAGUGUUGUGAGAGUUUGUCUUCAGCUCUACAAUCCUCAAACUCUGUCCUGAGAGAGCUGGACCUGAGUAACAAUGACCUGAAGGACUAUGGAGUGAAGCUUCUUUCUGAUGGACUGAAGAGUCCAAACUGUCAGCUGGAGAUAAUGAGAUUGUCUGGCUGUAUGGUGACAAAGGAUGGCUGUGGUUAUGUGUCUUCAGCACUGAGUUCAAACCCCUUACACCUGAGAGAGCUGGAUCUGAGCUACAAUCACCCAGGAGAUUCAGGAGUCAAGCUGCUCACUGAUAAACUCAAUCAUCCAAACUACAGACUGGAUAAACUCAAUGUGGAUCAUGGAGGAGAGAUCAGGAUUACAGCGGGACUACACAAAUAUUCCCAUCAGUUCACUCUGGAUCUGAACACAGUGAAUAAAAACCUCUGUCUAUCUGAGAAUAACAGAGUGAUUACUGGCACUAACACAGUCCAGCCGUAUCCUGAUCAUCCAGACAGAUUUGAUAUUGUGUAUCAGCAGGUGUUGUGUAGAGAGAGUGUGAGUGGACGCUGUUACUGGGAGAUUGAGUGCAAUGUUGGUGUGUUUGGUGUGUUUAUAUCAGUGUCAUAUAAGAGCAUCAGCAGGAAGGGACAGCAUAAUGAGUGUAUGUUUGGAUCUAAUGAUCAAUCCUGGAUUUUGUACUGCACUUCCUUCAGAUGCUUUUUCAGACACAAUAACAUAGACACUGAACUCCCUGUAAAGUCCAUCAGCAGUAGAAUAGGAGUGUAUGUGGAUCACAGUGCAGGAACUCUGUCCUUCUACAGCAUAAGGAGAAACACAACGAAACUCAUCCACACAGUCCAGACCACAUUCACUCAACCUCUCUAUCCUGGGUUUUGGGUUUAUCCUGGAUCAUCAGUGAAACUGUGUUGAUGAAUCAGAACAGACUGUAGAGAGAUUCUACCCAUAAUCCUUUGAGCUCAUGAUAAAUCAGUGACUGUCACACACUGGCUUGACUAGAUAAUCCAAGAUAAGUGGAUGAACACUUAUAUUUAAUAAACACCAGCAGGAAACGUUAACAAAAGACAAUGAACAUAAGAUGACUGAGGGUUUAAAUACACUAGAUAACAAGAGAAUAAAUGAAGGACAGGUGAUGGUGGUUAUAAGUUGUCAUGGUUACAAACAAGGGUUGCUAUGGAAAUGGAAACACAGGAACCUGGAACUGAAAUCCAAAAACAACAAGACCAAAUUAAUUCAAAAUAAGAGUCCAUGAAGACAGAGACAUACAGGUAAUUAUGAUAGUAAUAUGGAGUGAAUUUUGUGCCAUAAUUAAACAAACAAAUCCAGCAUUUUUCAAACAAACUCAAUAUGCUUUGCAAUGGAAAAACUUGAUUUGCAAACAAACAGAAAGCAGUGUGCAAAUACAAAGGCCAGUUUGAGCGAGAAUGCAGAAGAGUAACAAAUGUAUUGUGUUUAACAAAUAUAAAUAAAUAUUGUACAAAUAAAUACAAACCAUCCUACAAAUUGCAUAUAACCUGUGAACAAAUACCAAACCUAUAGCAUAUAAAUGCAUACUUGUCUGUUACGAUUGUGAGACACUUGCCUUUUUAUGAGAUCUCUCGGCUCGAUUUUCUCACAAAUGCAGUUGAGCAACUCCAAAACAGCAGAUGGCGCUAUGCUAGGGGAUCACUAGAGACCAAGCGCAAAUCCUGGCAACGGCAGGUCGCGGCACCACUUCCGGUACCAUCUGGUGGAGUGUUUUUUUUUUUUAACUAUAUGGACAUGGCAUGGAGAUGUAUCGGGAUCCCAAUUUGUCGAUUCCCUCAACAUAACGAACGUGACCGACUGAAAGGGAACGUCUUGGUUACGUAUGUAACCCUCAUCCCCUGAAGGAGGGGAAUGGACAUGGCACGUCCCAUCACCACAGUUGCUGUACCACCGCUGAGUGGCCAGGUCACCAUCUCGGCUCCCUAGUGAAUACCUGAAUAUGUGUGGCAUCCACUUCCGUAUUUAUACCCACGCUGCGGGGCGGAACGCAAGAUGUAAAACCUGCAUGCCAAUUUGCAUUGGUUUGUUUUGUUUAAACAAGUAGAGAUCCCAAUUUGUCGGUUCACUUGAUGUGAUGUCUCCAUUCCUUCCCUCAGGGAACGAGGGUUACAUAUAUAACUGGGAUGUUUUUGUUGUUUUUGACCAAUGUAUACUUGUAUUGUAAUAAACAAGGUUAUGACCAGAGUUGGGUAUGAUGCGUUACAAAGUAACAUUACUGUAGUCUAAUUACUUUUCCUAAUAACG